AUGGCAACCAGAGUAGAAAUAAAUUCUACUUUGGGGGCUUUGACAACAGUACCUGACUUAAAUGAAAUCAGAAAUGAGGAUAAAUCCCAGCGUGUCUAUGUGAGUGUGCUUUCAGAUGCGAGUAACAAGACAAAAGAGACUUCGACAUCGCUAACUCUCGAGGAGAACAAGAAGUUUGGGGGCACUUUGAGAUCUGCAACAAUGCCGUCGCUAGGAUCGAGGCCAAGACUUUUCCCAAAGCCUUUUUCUAAAGAUAAAUCUUCAGAUACUUUUGCAAACGUAAAACCACCUGUUCCAACUUUCAGAUCAAGUAGUCUUAUUAGAAAGGCCACUGAAGAAACAUCAUCUCUUAAGGUAGUGAGUGGAAAUGUUCCUCCGUUAGUAGAUCAGAAAGUAAUUGAGCAUGAAAAUAAGGCUGGCAGCGAAGUAGUCACAAACAUGACUUUCUACACUGGUCCCAGCGCGAAUACUGUCAUCCUCUUCGAGACAGCAGGCACGGAGCAGUCGAAGGUAAGCCUGGCCCAAGAAAAAAAGGCUGUGGAUGACCGCAGAGGAUUUAGCACCAUGCAAAUGAAAGAUCUUCAGUGCAGUGCGAAGCUGGAGAAACUGUCUCAGCCAUCCGAGACAUCCAGGAGUGCUGAAGGGUCUCUUCAUCGGCAGGUAUCGUUUUCUUCCAGCCUUAGACCAGUCUCCUGGAACUCCCUCAAAACUGGUGAAAAAAAAGAUGCUUAUGAAGUUCAUACUGUGGAGAAAACCAGUGAAGAUGCAAAUAAUGUCGGCAGUAAAGUUGAUUUCUCUACUGAAGUGCAGCAAAAGCCAAAACAUAGACCAGUAUCUGCUAUUUUUCUGGAAUCGCUGCGGGAUCAAAAGCAUCGCACUGUGGAAGCUUCUGAGGAGAAAUCUCCUGAGGAGAAAUCCUGGCCUAGAAAACCAAGACCUUUGUCCAUGGACCUGACAGCUAAGUUUGAACAUAAAGAUCCUUCUUCUUGCAAGAAGCCUUGUUCUUCUCACGAAAGCAAAGAGAAUGAAUCGGUAAUUUCUUUUGCCGAUGUGGGCUGUCACGAUCAGUGUGAAAUGGGGCCAAAAAUGGAAGAAACUGAAUUUAAUAAGGGCAGUUCUUCUAAAACAAAUUUGAAGUGCACUAGUCAGGACAUUGGCAUCUUAAAUAAUGGAAAAUACAUAUGGGAAACGAAGCUUAAAUCUAAAAGUGAACAAACUGAGACAAAACCAGAAAUAAUGACUCACUUGCACAUUUCCGAAAGAAGCCAUGAAGCCACUAGUGAAAGGAGAGCUAAUACAGGGGAGAAGAGACCAGAUCAAAAGGAAACAUGUGUGCUCCGAGGCUGUGAAAGCCCUGCAGCUUCCUCAGAAAAGGAGAAUAAUAUCGUAAGAGGUAGUGUUAAAAAACACAUCAGUUUGUUUACUGCAGAAAAUCCCGGUACCUCAGUGGAUGCAGAGCUGCUCCCGCCGGCUGCGGAGAAGGAAAACAGGUGCAUGAACAUCCAACAGAGAAUCAAAGAGCUGACAACAGAAAAUACUGAUGUUAAGCCAGGAAAUCUCCGCAGGUCCCUUCAGUCACGUCCACUUUCAGCGGACUUAACAAAAAUGUUUUCAAGUCCCACAUCAAGUGGUGAAGUGAAGCCUGAGAAACCGGCUGAAACUAGAAACGACUCUAUGGGGGACAUGCAGGAAAAUCAAAAAAGUAAGGAGAUGAAGCUUGCACAUGGCGCAGAUUUCACUGAAGCACACACUACUGGGAACCCUUGGAAAGGCCGGCAGAUUGUAAAAAUAAAUAAACCUGAACAGAUAGAGAGGAAAGGGAGCUUCCUUGGAGAUGGUCAGCAUUUUUCUCAGCAAGGUGAAGAUUCUGUCUCGUUCACAAGCAACUUGGAAAAAAAAUUAAAACCAACCACACUUGUGGAAAAGACCUACAUUAAAACUGUCCGAGCCACCCUGUUUGACCAUAACGUUCAGAGGCAUAACGUCGCUGUUGAUCAUCCUGGAACCGAUUCUGCACUGAAAGUGAAUAAUGAGCUGGAGGCAAAGCACGACACGGUGACGUCGGGACACACCAGACCGCCGUGGAUGGGAGGAGGGGAGGAAAGCUCCGGUGUAAAGAAGGAGUAUCACAAGCAAUCCGAUUCAUCAAAACAUAUAGCAGAUGUAGAAAAAAGUGGAAAACCAGCUUGUUCAAGCGAAGACAAGAAAAUUACUCCGGGAAUUCUCUUAGAAAAAUCUUUGGUGGAGAAAAGUGACAAACCCACUCCUAAAAAUGCAGCAGACUCUGUGCUUUACCAAAGAGUAGAGCCGAGAUACGAAAUCUUUCAGACGUGCGGUGAAAGAGCUCUUAGUGAAGCCAUUGUGAUGGCUCCUGAAAAAAAGGCCAUGACACUCCGAACUAGAAAAUCAUCUGUGAAAGAGAAUAAAAGUGAUGAGGAUGUCUUACACACUGGUCAGUCACCUAGGGCAAACAGUAAAGCUCUCUUCUUGAAAGAUGAUAAUAUUGUUUCAGAAACUAGAGACACAAAAGUUUUUACAAGCAAGACUGUGUUGAGAGAACCUAAUGAUUUUGCCUCCAGUGAAUGCACUUUAUCUGAACAGAAGAAAGACUCUGAUAAAACUGCAACUGCUACUGUAGCAAUAGCUGAGAAAAUACCUUAUUCUACAACCAAAAGUCAAUAUUUGGGAAUAAAUGAAAAAGUGAACAAACUACAUUCUGAAAUAAAAAAUGAGAAGAGUGAGGUCUGUUCUGUGGAUAAAUCAGAGAGGUCUGCUGUGGUGAAAUGCUCUUUUGAGAAAAGCAGUUUUAGAACAGGUGGGACAGACAGCUAUGAAUUCAGAACCAACUUUGAUCAUGAAAUUAUUUCAACAAGUGUAACUAAACACGGGGCCCAAUCUCCCUCAGUGCUUUCAAGUGGGCAAUUCUGUAAAUCUUCUGGUAGUCGUCAUCCGAACACAAAAGUACUUAACGUUAAUAAAGAAGAAUCUAGGGCCUUUGGUUUAAGGAAAAGCCUAGACUUAAACUGCAAAGAGCAAGGCUUAAGCUUACAUAGUACAGCUCUUGAAAGCAGUGAAAAAAUCAGAGUGUUAGAUCCAGAAGAAAAAAUCAGGAGAAGCAGAAGCAACAUUUCUGACUUGAAGAUUUCUGAAAGGUGGAGGAGGAGGACCUUGCCUCAGGAUUCUGUCAAGACAGAAGAAGUUGUCUGGCUCACUCCUGAAAAUAUCAAAAGGCUGAGUCGGAUGGAUUCAUUGCAGUUGGAUGAAGGCUUAGUUAAAAAGAGAAGCAAAAAAAGCAAGGAAGGGCUGGAAGGGAGUGAGGCAACCCAAACUGUUCUUGGCAGUCCUGAAGAUUACUUCGAGCCAAAGGCAACUUAUUUUGCAGUGACUUAUCAGGUUCCUGGUAACAACAAAGAGAAAAGCUUUGUUGGUACUCCCAGCGCGAGUGAAACUAAUACCAUUUCUAGCUCGAGUGACAGAGCAACAACUAAUCCGGACCCUGUUUUUCCUGGAAGGUCGAAACCUUUGUUGCAGCAACCAGAUAAAAACUGGAUGAGUACCAAUUUUAGGGAAGACUCACGGGAAGUGCCUGUUAACAAGGAUCGGGUCAAAGAAGAAGACAGAGGCGCUACCUUUUCCAAAAGCGUUGCAUUUGGUAGCGCACAUGUCUUUAGGAAAGAUAGCCAACAGUAUCAUGAAAGAGGUCUGGAUCAUUCUAAAGAAAAAAUUAUAGAUGUUGAUGCUUUCCUGUUAAAGCAGGAUCUGGGAAAUACAGCUCCAACUGAUCUCAAAGGUAGUGGAGGAAAAGUCUCCUCUUAUCAUGACACCAGGUCCCCACUGCGGUUUGCACACCUACAUGCAGACAGUGAGCUUGUCCCUCAGAGGAGGAGUGAAAGUUAUGAUUUAUCUGGGAGGAAGGCGGAGGAUGGCUACAGAUCCCAGAUUCUCGAUAUCGACGCGCUUAUGGCGGAAUAUAAAGAAGAAUCGGGAAAGGCCAGUGAUGUUCAAGACAAGCUCUCUGAAGAUCACAGUUCGUUUAGUAGGGAAAAAUCAAAGAACAGAAGAAAUGUGCCCGACAAGAUGACUUCUUCCUAUAGCUGGAAAGAGCGGAAGGGAUCAGGUCACUGUUCUGUGAGUAACAAACAAGGUGACUGUGCAGAAGAGUACCACAGGCCAGAGAAAUUAAUUCUGAAUGAAAAGAGUAAGGAGAAAGUGGAAUUGUGUAGCCCUGAGUUUGAUAAACAAAAAUCCAAAGACAGAAAGUUCAGCCCUCCUUACUGGGGAAAUCCCAGCACCUUCUUUUCAGAUAAGUUUAUAAAUUCACCCGUGGAGUUCACUAGGAAGAAAACUUUCAUCGUUGAUGAGGAUGAAGAGGUGAGCUUAACUUCCAGGAAUCAAAGUCCAAGAUUUGUCAUCGAUAAGGUACAGCCCGUCAAUGUGCUUGGUAUGGACCAAAAGUGGGAUGUUAAUUUUGCUUCCAAGUUGUCUGUGAAGGCAGAGGAUGGCCUCUUGCAGAAGAAGUUGGUCACAAAAGAACAGUUCUUGGAGGCAUCUCCAGAAGGCGAUUGGAGCAAAAAUGUAGCGAGGAGCUCUCUAGCGAGGAACAAGGACAACGCGAGUAAGACGACGUGUGAGAACGACCCUUCCAACGUGAGGAGUAAAAGCGAGUGGAAGCACUAUGCGUCUGGUUUUGGAAGCGCACCCCCGGAUUUGAGACGGUCCUACUCGGAAAAGAGCCGCCAAGGAAAGGACAAUGUACUGCUUGUGCAAGAGGGAAGGGGAAGAAAGGAUCUGUACCAGGGCAGGCAGAGCUUUCCUCUGGAAAGUGGGUGGAAACACAAGAUGUCAGCUCAGGCAGAAUUCUUCUUCUGUGAGGAUAAAAAGGCGUCUAGGAAAGAUUGGACCAAGCAGAGUUCAGACAAACCAGACGGAACAGACUUCUCCUCGGUUUCUGCUCCGCGCAGCCGGCACAGUUUUUACAAGGACAGAAGGGCGGAUAACGGGACGGAGAAAGCAGACGACACGAACCUGGCCGAGGAAGCCCGUUCCCCGCGGGAACGCGAGAGAGUGCUGUUCGGCCGCGGGAGGCCAGCGGCUGGCCCGCAGCCACGCGUCCUCGCCUGCCUUCGGAGCUCGCGCGAGGGAAAUUCUGCAGAAUCCCAGACACUUUGUUAUAAAUAG